AUGGCCUGGACCUGCCUGGCCCUUCUGCUGCUCUUGCGGCUACAGACAGACCACGCCUUUGAUCGAGAUAGAGAUUUGUAUACAGUAUGUGGACGUCCCAAGCUCAGAGCCCGAGAUUUCGCCAUAGAACCCCGGCGUGGACGGUGGCCGUGGCAAGCUAGUCUGCGGUAUAAGGGCAAGCAUUGGUGCGGUGCCACCCUCAUCCAGGCCGACUGGAUGAUCACAGCCGCGAGCUGCUUCCGAUUGUCCAAUAACACUAGGGAUUACAGUGUGAUGAUCGGUUCCAUUUAUGCCUACCCAAACGCUCGCUUCCUGGCCACAUUUCUACGGGACCAAGAACAUUACCCCAAGUUUACUCCCUGGACCCUCACAGAAACUGUAAGAGCAAGACUUUGUAAACAGAAUUUCAAAGCAUCGUCCCUAUCCCAAGAAUCCCAUCAGGGGCUUCAGAGGAGGAAGUUGGUUCAAUUCAAACUGGCGUUUGGCAGCCUGGCAGGAAGAGAGACCCUAGAAGGUGCCAUGGAACUUCGGGAGACAAGAGUGAAAAUCACUGACUUAGACAGGUGUGAAAGUAUUGAAGAUCCCUACGGGCCUCUCGGGCACUAUGAGAUCUACCGCAAUGAUGUGCUUUGUGUACUCAUACCAUUUUAUCCAGCUGAAAGAUGUGUGGGCGACCAAGGCGGCCCCCUAGUAUGUCGGAUUCAGAGUAUGUAUUACCAGUUUGGGAUCAUGAACUGGGACCAUGGCUGUAUGGCAGGAAUCAAGACCAAGACUUUCACCAGCGUUGCCCUCUACAGCGCCUGGAUAGAGAAAGUAGUGAACAGCACCACUACCCUGAGUCCGUUCAAGUUCAUCCUCCUUGCCUUGUUCCUAUCCCAGGCUCUUCUAGAGCCUUUCUGA